AAAGAUAAAAAGUCGCUUAAGAAAGUCGUCGUGUCUUUUGAUGAAGUUGAGAAUAAUGAAGAUUCGGAAAACUUUUGCCUCGAUUUUAAAAUUAAAAAGGAUCCGACAGUCGAAACCUCUUUUCUGCCGGACCAAGAAAGAGAGCUGGAAGAAGAACUUUUAAGAGAAAAACUUCGUAAAGAGUGGAUUGCGCAACAGGAAGCCAUCAAAUUAGAGCUGAUUCAAAUUGUGUACUCGUACUGGGACGGGUCGGGUCAUCGCCGCGAAGUCGAAGUGCGAAAAGGAAAUACCAUUAAAGAGUUCCUGGAGAAGUGCUUAGCAGGACUGCAAAAAGACUUUUACGACAUGAGGAAUGUCGCAGUCGACAGCCUCAUGUACAUCAAAGAAGAUCUGAUCAUCCCUCACCAUUAUACUUUUUAUGACUUCAUUCUAAGCAAAGCCCGUGGCAAGUCAGGCCCUUUAUUUAAAUUCGAUGUGCAUGACGAUGUCCGACUGCUGAGCGAUGCUCGAAAGGAAAAAGACGAGUCGCACGCAGGCAAAAUAGUACAGCGCUCAUGGUACGAAAAAAAUAAGCAUUUAUUUCCGGCCAGUCGUUGGGAAUUGUACGAUCCUGAGAAGUCUUAUGGAAAAUAUACUAUUAGCGAUAAGAAUAGUAGAAGAAUAAAAACAUAA